GAGCUUGUAUUCAUAUCUGAUGUAUUCCCGACCUUGGGAUUGCCGUCUUUCUCAUCCACCUCCCCCCCUGCACCAUCACACACAAUGGGUUCCCUGAAUACUGAAACCGGGACCGACGGCGGCCCAGCCCUUGGCAACAUUGGAGAUGUGGCUGUCAUCGGCGCGGGAAUUAGCGGCGUCGUGUCGGCCGCCCACCUCCUCCGGGCCGGCCUGAACGUUACCGUGUUCGAGCGGACCGGCGUCGUGGGCGGCGUCUGGGACUAUAACCCGCAGCCAGAUCGGGACCCACCGUUCCCUAACGUCCGGCCUCCCAGCCCGCACUGGGAGGACGUCGAGGAAGAGGGAUUGACCUCGGAUGAAGUCGCCCUGAGACAUGGCCCACCAACUCCGUGCUAUGCCGGCCUGAAAAAUAACAUCCCGACCCCGAUUAUGCGAAGCAGUCUCCUGAAUUGGCCGGAGAGCGACGAGGAGCUGGUAGAGCAGACGGUGGUUGCGAAGUAUAUCGCGGACAUCGCUAACCUUUAUAAUAUAUACGAUAAAGUGCAAUUUCACACCAGAGUGGAGAGCGUAUCAAAGCCGAAGGGCGACAGUCAGUGGACAGUGGAGACAAGGACCUUCUCGAGGGCUGGUUCCGGCCACACACUAACGAAGAGGACCUGGAAAUUCGAUGCGGUCAUAGUGGCGAGCGGACACUAUCACGUCCCCUUCGUCCCGGACAUACCUGGGCUAUCUACGUGGAAAAAGCUGUUUCCGGGUCGGGUCACGCACUCAAAACAGUACCGGACUCCUGCCCAUUUUAGCAACCAGACACUGCUCCUGAUCGGUGCCGGCGUCUCGGCUUUGGAUAUCGCUAGGGAGUCCGCGCCGUUGGGCGCCAAGAUUAUCCAGAGCAGACGAGAAAGCAAGUUUGACGUGCUUGCGUCGGCUCUACCCGAGGCCACCGAACGAGUCGCGAUGGUUUCCGAGUUUGUCGUUGACGAAGCCGCGGCCGAUGCCGGGCCCCAGGUGCUGGAGAAGGGACAGUCGAUACCAGGAAAGAUCAUUUUAGAAGACGGGAAAGUCCUCGAAGGUGUCGAUCACGUCGUCGUCGCCACUGGAUACAUCACCUCGUACCCGUUCCUCGGGGAUCUGGAGCAGCCUUUCGUGUCCUGGCAGGAUGCCGACGAGAAGACUCUGAUAACAUCGGACGGCUACAUCACGCACAACCUGCAUAAGGACAUCUUCUACAUCCAGGACCCGACGCUGGCAUUCAUAGGCGUAUCCCACCUCGUGUCGACGUUUUCGCUCUUCGACUUCCAGGCUCAAGUCGCCGCCAAGGUCUUCGCCGGACAAGUCCGUCUCCCGCCACAGGCGGAAAUGCAACAGGAGCACAAGGAGAGGAAGGCCAAGUUCCUUCCCGGAGACAAAUUCCAUAGCAUGUUCGCCACCGAGGACGCGUACAUCGAGAAGGUCCUCAGCUGGGUCAAUGGAGACUUGGCCAAGGCCGGGGUGCCGCUGCUCCCGGGGUUGGACGAGAAGUGGCACGCCCAUUACAAGGUCUUCAAAGACAGGCUGAAGAAUAACCGGCUAGGCGCAGUGAAGGAGGAUUAGAAGGGCUGAGGGCAGGAUCAAGAUAGCUGUCAGGCACGACAACACUACUGUAUAGAUUCGUU